CCUCACCCAAGCUCAAUUGGCUCCUCAACGCCAUCCCUACAUCAUGAACUUUGGUCUGCUGACAUCCAGGAGGGACAAUCCAACUAGGUAGUUGUGUGCUUUUAAUCAUCUCCCUUCGUAGAGGUCCUGCUCACUCAGACUCCGUUGUUCCGUCACCUACGAAAUCUGAGACCUACUUUGACACUAGACGAGGAAUGGCUUCGGCGGCCCAGCAAGGCCAUUGAUGAUACGCUCCGAGUCCUUCUGAGACGGUCAGCGGAACAUGAGCGACCUGCGAAAGAAGUGGGCCAAAGCAAGAAUUAGCACGGCCAUGCAUGCCAUGGCACCGCCUCCGCCACUGGCCGACUCCAUCUGCGAGGCUGACGAGGACCGCUUCGGCUCUGGCUCGGUGCCCAACACACCGCAGGACGAUGACUCGUCGUCGGCCUCGUCUAUGUCAUCUACAGGAACCGUCAUUCCUUCACCGGGCAGAGCACUGUUUGCUAGGCCGCAGGGUCUUCCCGGCCGCUCCCUCGACCCCAUCCCCUGGACGACUUACUUUGAGCGGGAGCUCUUACUCCGGUCGCCUGACGGCUCCAUCACCUACCACGCCUACCUCACCUCGCCCACCCCGUCCUCGGGGCGAGGCAACCCCCCCGGCCCGCUCUUUGUCACCCAUCACGGCGCAGGAAGCUCGGGUCUGUCAUUUGCGGUGCUCAGCGCAGAGAUUCGGAAGCGCCUGCCGUCGGCAGGGAUUCUGUCGCUAGACGCGCGCGGGCAUGGGCUGACUACCACCCACCACUCCGCUUCAUCUACCCUCGCCAUCCAUGGCGAGGAAGCAACAGAAGGAGGAAAUGGGAAAGUGGAAGACCUCAGUCUCCCCACCCUCGCCGCUGACCUCCUCGCUGUUAUAACUCUGACCCAGUCCGCCAUGCACUGGCCUACACUACCGCCCAUCUUACUAGUAGGGCACUCACUUGGCGGCGCAGUAGUGACGGAACUGGCUUGCUCUCUGGCAAGAAGCAGCACCACUACCACCAACAUCAGCAAAGCACCAGCCUCCAUGGAAACCACCACGUCCGGGCCAAGUGGAGGCACAGGUAGCAGAGACGACACAAGCACAGCCACAAAAGUAGACCUCCUGGGCUACGCCGUCCUGGACGUCGUCGAAGGCUCGGCGCUUGACGCACUGCAGAGCAUGCACGCGUACCUGGCGACGCGCCCCGCCGGGUUCGACACGCUGCGCGACGCUGUCGAGUGGCAUGUGCGGUCGCGGACUGUGCGCAACGCCAUCAGCGCGCGGGCGAGCGUGCCCGGGUUGCUUGUCCAUCAGGGACAACCACCACCACAAGCACAUGAACAGCAAGCGGGGGUUGUUGGAGAUGAUGGUGAGGAACAAAUGGUUGAGGAGGAAGACGGGCUUGUUGCAGAGAGCGGAAUUGUAAACGGCAGCGGAACGGGGAGAAAGGGCAUUAGCAAACCGUGGCGGUGGCGGACGGACCUGGCCGAGACGCAGCCCUUCUGGGAGGGGUGGUUUGGCGGGCUGAGCAAGAAGUUCCUUUCUGGCAAGGGCGGCAAGAUGCUGUUGCUGGCCGGGACGGAUCGGCUCGACACCGAGUUGACAAUUGGGCAGAUGCAGGGCAAGUAUGCGCUGCAGGUGUUUCCCGAGGCGGGACACUUCAUCCACGAGGACCUACCCGAGAAGACGGCGAUGGCGCUGGUUGACUUUUACCGCAGGAAUGACAGGAGCGCGCUGGUGCUGCCGCCCAAGGUGUCUGAGUUGUUGGCGCAGGGUAAGAGGGUGUAAGAUGUGCCGAGGGAUAGCUGAGCCAUCCUUACGAUGAUUGGUAUACAUGUGUUCGUACAUGCGGUAGAUCCGGAAAGAGUAAGAUACCACACGACUUGCCAUAUAUGGAGGAGGGCUCGUGGUGAGAUGAUGAGAUGAAAUUGUAUCGUGUCUAGUAUAUAAGUUCUAUUUUCUCAGACCCGCACCAGGAUAUCGUUCCAAGCCCACCCCGUGAAAAUGCCAUGCCCGUACGCCAACCGACCGCUGUAAGAUGCAAAGAGAAUGCUCACUUUAUACCGCAAUCGACGCAGGUGCAGCGACAGGAGUAGGAUCAGCGACCUCGACUCUCUUCGCCGACUGCUCUUUGUCCACACUCCCUU